AUGGCGGAAUCCAGACAGGAACUGCUGGCCUGGUUGAACGGGCUUCUGCAAUUGAAUAUCAGCAAAGUCGAGCAAUGCGGCACAGGUGCGGCACUCUGUCAAAUAUAUGACAGCAUCUUCCUCGAUGUGCCCAUGGCCCGGGUCAAGUUCACCGUCAAUGCCGAAUACGCCUACCUCGAGAACUUCAAAAUCCUGAGCAACACCUUCCGCAAACAUCAUGUCGACCGUCCUAUCCCCGUCGAGCAACUCGUGAAAUGCAAGAUGCAGGACAACCUUGAGUUUCUGCAGUGGACAAAGAGAUACUGGGAUCAGUACUAUCCCGGCGGUGACUACGAUGCGCUGGCUCGGAGAAAGGGCGCUCCCGGUCCGCCAGCCAUGUCAAAUGCACGGUCAACACCGAGUGCUUCCAGUGGAGGUGCCAGGCGACCAGCAGGAAGCGCAGGCGCCGCUGCACCUCGUGCGGCCAGCCGUCAGAUGGGUGGUGGUGUUGGGUCCAGCGCAGUACUACAACAGAAGAAUGCAGAGUUGACCGAGACUGUGCAAGGUCUCGAGCGCGAGAGAGAUUUCUACUUCAGCAAACUUCGCGACAUUGAAUUGCUGAUUCAGCAGGCUAUGGACGCCGAUCCGUCGCUCGACGAGGACGAGAACAGCUUGCUCAAGCAGAUCCAAGCAAUCCUCUAUUCUACUGAGGAAGGAUUCGAGAUUCCUCAAGAAGCCGAGGGUGAGAUAGUGGGAGAGGAGGAGACUUUUUAA